AUGACCGUUUCCAACGCCUUUCAGCUGGGAUUAAUUGUUGGGUUGAGCCGCGGUGAACUUGCAUCUGCGAGACACUUGGCUUUCAGAGGUGACAACAUUCCAUCCCAGGAGGGACUCACAGCUCCGGCUCAGUCCUUUAAGCUUGUACCAUCCAUGGAAAUUCAGGAUAGUAAGAAACUUAACAAAACCUGCUGUCUCAAUGGGGGUACGUGCAUCCUGGGGUCCUUCUGUGCCUGCCCCCCAUCUUUCUACGGACGGAACUGUGAACACAGCGUCCACAAACAACAUUGUGGUGCUCUACCACAUGGUACCUGGCUACCCAAGAAAUGUUCCCUUUGUCGAUGCUGGCAUGGCCAAGUUCAUUGCUUUCACCAGCCAUUCCUUCAAGACUGUGGGGCGCGUGUGAUGGAUGAUCACUUCAUGACUUCCAAGAGUCCCAACCCAGCACCCCCAGCGUGGACCCCUUUCCUGUUAGCUGGCCUCUGCCUGCUUAUGCAAAGUUAUCGAUAA